AUGGACCUAUUAAAAAAAUUCAUGGGCUUAGAUGGCCGUAAGGACGACGACGACGAUAACAGGAAGAAAAAAGCGACCCUCAAGGACGAGUUCCGCAAGCCCAUCUGGGUGGAGGAGGACGACAGCGAUGACGAGCUGUUCGAUAAUCGCAAACUCUACGGCAUGCAAAUGUUCACCAACCCGUUCGAAAUGCAGAAGCACUUCGAGCAGCAAAUGCAGGAUAUGUGGAAAUCGUUCGAGGAAUUCGAUGAAACUGGAAGGGCGUUUGAUCGCGACAUGAAGCUCGACUUCCUGAAGGCCGGCUACGAUGAACCGACCCGCCAUGCUGACAAGCAGAUGAAGCCGCAAAAUUCCGACCUGGAUGGAGAGAUCUACGCUGACCAGCUGCACACGCUGCUGCAUCGCAUCACGCCGGAACUGAAGGACAUGUUGCCGAUGCAGCGUAACGAGUUUAUUGCCAACGGGCCAAAUCGGGCUCCCGCUGGAAAUCGCAAAUUGACCGACGAACAGAAGGUGAUGAAUCUGAUCCACGGCAUCACCGAGCACAAGGGCCAAUCGUCGGGUUCCAUCGCGAAACCGAUGAAACGCAACGAUACCGGGAUGUCGCAGCGUUUGCACGAGGGAGGAAUGUUCCGUGGACCGCGUAUUUUCGGUCAGAGCAUCAUCUCGCAAACGAUUCGUCGUCCUGAUGGAUCCUACGAAACGCGCCGUACCGUGCGUGACUCCGAGGGUAACACCGAGACGACCGUCACCCUUGCCAUGGCGGACGGGCGUAAAGAAACGGUUACCACGUACGACGAAGGUGGCAGCUUCGGUGGCCAGGAUCAGCGUGCCGUAGGCCCAGCACCGGGUGGGUCGUUGUUCGGAAUGAAAAAAGGCGGCGGGGGAGGAAGACUCGACGGUCCGAUCGGGGCCCUGCUGGCCAUGGACGGCCUGUUUGGGCUCAACAGCAAUGGUUACGUGCUACCGAAGAACCUCUGGUGA